UAUCUCACUAGUCUUGAAAUAUGCUUCACGUGCUAUAGUAUCGCGGACAGUAGGAAUGGUUUAUCAUAGUAAACAAGCGAUACAUAAGUAUUUAUAAUUAUUAAAAUUGAGUAUUAUAUUUUCAGAUAGAUGGAUAUUACUAUUGUGAAGCAUGUAAUCGCAUAAUGCGAUCUACAUUCGAAGUAACUUCUCAUAUCAUAGAUGAAAAACAUAAAGUGAAUAUUAAAACUCCUAUUCCUGAUACAGUGAUAGAUAACACAGUUUGUCGUUAUGACAGCGGCUAUGUCAUAAUUUCGAACGUAAUUGUUUCUGAUCUGCAGUGGAAUUGUAUAUCCCUCAAAGAGUGUAUGCUAUGCCGUCAAAGUAUUGUGCCGAGUAUAAUCAAGAAUCAUAUAUACUCUACCCCACAUGUAAUAAAUCUUAUACACUCUCGAAUUUAUAAAAAUGAAGACAGCUACUAUAGAAAGGUAAGAUUUUUGUAUUCCAUAUUUUUAUGAGAUGUGGCGAUAUUUUGGACUUCGGGUAAUGCGAAACUAAAUUCGGCACAUGUGAAACAAUUUUCAGUGUGUCUGAGACACUGGCUCGGUUAUAUCAAAGCUUUACUAUGCGCAGAUGGUGUCACGUACGACAAUAAUAAAAGGCGUGAAAAUCAUGAAAAUUUACUUUUAAUUAGUUUGAUUAUGACACAAAACAAAAUAUUAUAUAUAUAAUAAUCGUAACAUAUGCAUAGAUAUAUCCAUAUAUAGGUAUAUAUUAAUUUAACAGUAAUCUUCUCGGAUUUCCUUAAAAUUUAUCU